AUGAAGAAGAGCAAAACCCUAACUAAAAGUAUGAACCAUUGUUCGUGGGCAGAUCUUGAUCCGGAUUUGUUGGGAGAAAUAAAGAAGAGGCUUUACUGGGCGGAUCAUGCUCGAUUCAGUGCUGUUUGCAAGACCUGGCUAGCGGCUGAGCACGCAAAAAGAGCCGGUGAUGUAUUGCCAUGGUGUUUGUUGCUGUAUCGAGAGAAGCUUGACAGAAUCACAUACCGCCUCUAUGAACCCCUUAAUCUGGACCAACCACUUAUUACUCAAACUAUUCAUCUGGAUGAGUUUUUUGACCCAUCCACUAUUCAAAUGGCUGCACCACUUGUUUAUCUCCAUGGAUGCUUGUUAUUUUCUCUGCAUCAUAUUGAUCAUACUAGCACCAAUUUCUUAUUAGUCUCGGUUCCUACCCGAAGAACCAUUAGACUCCCUCAGUUUCACCACCCCUCAGUAUCAAAUUCUGAAUUUUUAAAAGCUGUUUCCACUUACCCUUAUUCUCGAGAUUGUGUCUUUUUAGCUCUUCAUGUUGCUAAUUCUCAACGUUGGACUGUUGGUAUUUUUCGCCACGGUGAUACACAGUGGACUACUACUGAAUUUAAUCUGGGAGAAUUUUCCAGUCUUCAACGGAGUCAGGGUGCUGUGUUCAUUCGAGGAGUUUUUUAUAUACUCUGUUACAAUCAAAAACUUGCAUCCUAUGACAUUGCUUCCGGGGAAUUGAAAUUUGACUCUUUUCAGUUUCCAACUGAUUGCAGGAAAAAUUGUCAUUUGCUAAAAUUCUUCGCGUUGAAUGGGGAGCUCAUGAUUUUGUAUCAUCACUCAAAAGUUCGCAAAUAUAUUCUUACAAGCUAUGAUUGGUCGCAUAAACGUUGGGUUCCUCUGAAAAGUUUAGGGGUUAGUUCUUUGUUCAUUAGCGACUGUUCUGUUUAUGCAGAUUCCAUAAAUUAUUAUGGGGUGUCCUCAAACAAGAUAUAUUACCAACAAAAUGGAACCUGCCGUGUUUAUUCCUUUGAGAAUGGUGAGCUGUUGGAAUCGACUUCAUCCGGACUUAGAAACUGGGAUGGUCUCGAUUAUUCUGGAUCGCGUUCAGUGUGGGUUGAACCUCCUGAUCUCUUGUUGAAAUAA